CUUGCAGGGGCUGCGCCUUCUUCGUCUGCGCUGAUCGCGCCGCGUGGCGCGAGUCGCGACGCACGUGGAUCACCAACGUCCCACGUGACUUUACCGAAAGAACCAAGAGUGUGACUCCUCGUGGCUCUGUCCGAUGUUGACACGUGGCGAGCUGUAAUGGCCAUCGUCGUGAUCGUGAAAUCAUAAUUAUACCAUCACCACCGUCGUCGUCGUCAUUAUCCCAUCGCCAUCAUCAUUGUGCUCGCCAUUAAUAUACCAUCACCGCCAUCGUACCAUCACCAACAUCGUCCUCACCAUCGUUUUUAUCAUACCAUCACCACCAUCAUCGUCGUCGUCGUUGUCCUCAACAUACCAUCGCCACCAGCACCAAUACCAUAACCACCAUCAUCCUCGCCAUCAUCAUAGCAAUCAAUACCAGCCAUUCGCCACUAAGUUGACGGUGGCGUUAACCACGCGGUCCUGUGCCAGGCCAGGUGCACUUCACCAUCAUCGUCCUUCACCAUCACCAAUCGACGUGAUGGAAGGCGCCUGGAAGAACAUGAACUUGUCGGAGCCGGAGGGAGCCUGCGGCUAUGAUGAAGGCGACACCGUCAACAGCUUCUUAGACGACCGGGAUGAUGAGUUGGAGGAGACCCUGAGGGACUCGCUGCACGAGCUGUGCUCGCCCGACAGCACGGGGUCCGUACUGGACAUAGACCCCAACAAGGGGUCCGAAGAAUGGGAUAAAAGCACGUGUGUUGAUGGCAAUGAUUAUGGCAGAUGUGAAGGUUAUGUUGAUCAGCUGCGCUCCAUGUGCCUGGGAAUUGAUGACAAUGACACCACUAAUAAAGAAGACGAUCUGAGUCCUUUUCAAAGGAUCGCAAGAAAUAUGGUUGACCUGACGGGCAACGGAGGGGUGCUCAAGAUUAUUCUUCAGAAAGGAUCGGGGGACAUCGUCCCUGAACUUUCAGCAAUCAGAGUGAAUUACAACGCUUACCUGGAGUACUCUGACGAGCCGUACGACUCGAGCCACCUGCGGAAGGAGGAGAGUCGCCUGUGGCUCGGCAAAGGGGCGGUGAUGCCGGGCCUGGAGGUGGGGCUGCUGACGAUGUGCAAGGGCGAGAUGGCGCGGUUCCUGGUGCGCUCGGACUAUGCGUACGGCGCCCUGGGCUGCCCCCCACGCAUCCCGCCCAACUCCACCGUCCUCCUGGAGGUGGAGCUCCUGGGAUUCAUCGACUGCAUCAAUGUGGACGACUUCUACACCAUGACGCCGGAGGAGAGAAAACGGCUGAAGCUGGAGAAGGUGCUACACGUGGCUCUGAAUGAGCGAGCGGCUGGAAACGCCCACUUUCAAGCUGGCCGCUACGACCGAGCCUUGCACAAGUACUUGAAGACCCUGCGCAUUCUCGAAAAUGCUCACCUGUCGAGCAACGAGGAGGAGAGUCAGAUGGAGGCGUCGCUCCUCAAGGUGCUGCUCAACCUGGCCCUGUGUUACCUACGCAAGAACCGUCCUAGCAGCACUGUGCAUUAUGCGCUACGAGCCCUCCGUGUGCAGCCCAGCAACGUCAAGGCCUGCUUCCGACUCGGCCAGGCCCACCUGAUGCUGGGAGAUUAUGUGCGAGCACGGUACUAUCUGCUACGCGCCCAGAGCAUGGCACCGUUCCAGCCCGUCAUCACGCACGAGCUCAAGGCCUUGGAGGCGAAAUGGCAAGAGUUCAACAGGUGGGAACGGCAGAUGUGCCGGAGGAUAUUUAAACGCACCGGCGGCGGCAACAGCGAGGAUGCAGGAUGCAGCAGUAAUUCGGCGCGUGCCAGCGACGUCUUGGGCGAACAGGGCAAGGAAACGUUCGUUUCCACGCUCAAGGAGCUGAGGGACGAUGAGGGAUGCAGGGAGAUGACCUUCCCCGUGUCCCUGUUCACGGCCGCGGAGCGGACCGCGAUGAUGGUCGUAGCGCGCGAGAUGGGGUUUCAUGCCGAAUGUCUUGUCCAGGGCACUGGCAGCCUGGUGAAGAUAUGGAAGAAGAACUCGCAGGAUGCCUGUCCGCGGGAUUAAGGCCACGUAACCUUUUCGACGAAACUGUAAAAGCAACGCCCAACGGUUUCUCGGAGGUUGCUUUUAUGUUCGUAGCGUUUUGGAAACCGGAGGGGCAGGGAGGCAGCAGUGUUAAUUUUCUUUUACAAAACUACCGAUGGAAAUAUUCAUCAACGGGGUGGUGUUUGUGUUUUUAUUUUGAGUCGACGAUCGCUUAUGAGCGGACGGAACUGUUGAAGUUAUGGCGACGAUGACUACGACUGCUCGGCCAAAGACGAAAGCACGACCAUGACGAGACGAAACUAGCCAGUCUGAAUGAAGACACGGACUAAGAUUAUUUUGUUGCCUUGUUGGAGAUCGCAGUGCGCUGAGGAAGAACAGACAUGAUCAUCUAUAUAAAUAAAGACCUUAAUCUGUGUCUUAAAAACCUAUAAGUUACUUUCUAACAAGGUAGAAAGCUGAAAUUUGGUACAGAGGUUGCGUUUAGGACAUGAACAACAGAAACACAUCAGAAAAUCCCGAGAUUUUUCAUUUUAAGGCCCCCAAAUCUCGAUCCCUGCAGUCACGAAAGCUUUAAAUCGAGAUGUCUGUGCGUGUCAUUCAGAAACCAUUCAAAUAUAAGAUUGCGGGUUUUUUUCGUUUGAUGGUGUUAAAAUAGAACCAUUCUAUAUUUUAUUGUUUUUGAGAUUUCGGAUUCAAGCGGUUUUCAAUGAAAGAAUACGCAUUUUAUGAUCAUAUCUGAAUAAUUCCAAAACGGUAAAAGAUAGAGGAUUAAGUUCAUAAGCAAAUUACAGAAUCUUGAAAUUCAGCGGUUUCUGAUGGGUGUAUGCCUUUAAGUAUAAGAAGUAGAUUCAAGUCAACAAUUAUUUUUUUGCGGAUUAAAUGCAACAUUUUUGGAGUAAAGUCUAUGAUCGUAGCUUAUAAAUUGUAAAACUAAAAAUCAUAUCAGGUUAAUACAUUUAUUGAAAACUUUUGCAUGGGCUAGUUGGCUAUAUAUGCAUAUAAAGAGAUGUUUUGAGUUCACCAAUUGGCUGACCUGAUAAUAUGGGUGUGUGGGGCGUGUGGAAAAUUUCACACUCCACACACGAAAACGUAAUGUGAAGAGUGUUUGACUAAGCGUUUUUUGAUAGCUUUAUAAUGUCCCGGUUGCUCGUUUUUUUGCGGCAUUAACGUGCGAUUAAACGAGACCCCUGGAUCGCACGUUAUUAUAACGCGGGAAGGCUCGUGCUCAGGUCUUGGGGAUUAUCAGUGCAAAGAGUCGGUGGAAUCCCGUAGAAUAUUGGAUUUCCGCUGACAACGUAAAGGAUGUCCUGGGCAUAAAAAAAAAAAACCACGAGGAAGCAUUUGUUUAACAAGCCGCGCUAAUUCUCCGGUGGCCACGUUAUUAGAAUGGAUCGCGGUAGAUUACCGGAGCGGCAUACGCAGUCGGACAGAGACGGAAGAGCGGAGGGAAAUGACCCCAGAUGUGGGUGGCUUAGCCCGUGACUGCGGAAUUGGAAAAUAGCUUUGAAUGUCCCCCCCCGUUUUCCCUCUUGAUGAAGACGGGAAGCGAUGGAACUUGUUAGUGGUUGAUGGAAAGUCACACGUUUCUCACGGAUGCUGUUCGCUAAGAGCAGGGUGUGCGCUGGGAGGAGCGGGAAGAGGAGUGAGGAGUAACGGGGCCAGUCCAUCUCCGCCGGGUUCUCUGGAUUUACCCUCUAAAUUUAGAAUGAACAUGUGUUUAGAUUAUUUGGCUGCAACUGUAAAUUCCCACAUGUGACUAUAAAGCCAAUUCCAUGAGCCAGGUUGCCUCUGAAUUAAAGCUGAUAGCUCGGUGGGCUUUACCUGGUAAAAUACAACAGCCGAGUAGGUUUUUUAGAAACUACUCUUUGGUUCUUUCGGUAAAGUCACGGAGAAAGAAAUUAAAUAAUAGAAUGUGACGUUUCGAUUGCAACACAAGCAAUCGUCAUCAGGUACGAAUGAAUGAGAAAACAAACCUAGUAAACUUCGCAAAAUAUAAUGCAAUACAACACAGAGAGUCGGCUAACAUAACAGUCAACACCCUACCUGGUUGAUUACGUUCUUCCAACAAUUGCUAAAUUUGAGAGAGACAAAACAGACACGGAGACACACAGACAGACACACAAGCAGAGAGAGAGACUCGCACAGAGACUGGAGAGAGACGCACACAUAGGCAUACAGAAACAACGCCUAUGUGUUGAGGCCUUAAAUAGAGAGAGAGCAGGGGGGGGUAGAGAAUAAUGAGAGAGUUGUGUGGAACAAACAAGCACGGCCUGCCCAAAGCGGACGGAGGAGCUAGGCACUGGACUUGUAAACAAACAAGCA